CAAAUGUCGGCCGGAACGGAGCGGAGCGAUUUGAUGUGAUGUGAUGAGAAAAGAAAUGUGGCGUUUCUUGCUUCUUUUUUCGACGGAUGGAUUAAUACCUUUUCUUUUUUUUUCUUUUACAAUGAAAGGAAUGGAAUGAAAUGAGCAGCAGCCGCAGCAGAUAGAAGAUGGAAUCCUCGCCCAGAUCAGAUCCCCCUCCAAAAUUUGACAAAAAUUCGACAACAAAAAUGUUUUGAAAAAAGUGUGGCACUUCUUCGUUUUCUCUGCUUAUAACUUCUUACGAUGGGGAGUUCCGGAUAUCUAGCACAUGGUCGGUCCACCAGCUAUGUCAAUACGUUUUUUCAUUAUCGUCCUGUUUCUUUAUUGCUUGUUUGUACGACUUGUUUCGACGAAUGCAAAUGCAAUUGCAAUCACAACAACUGCCAUGAUGGAUUGGCUACUCGAACAGCAACGACGACAGCAACAUCGAUCGAAAACGCAUACAGCCGUGACGACUUCGAUAUGGAAUACGAGGGAUGCGGGCUUGGCCAUGGAUACUGUCUUGGGUUGGAUAGGUUCAACACGCUUCCGGGGACCUUGUACUGGCCCAAGUCAUACCCAUGGCCUCCGUUGCUGUCUCGAGUGGUUGUCCUCUGUAGUCUGUUCGUAGCCUUCCUGCCCUUGCCCCACGCGACCCAUGACUUCCGGAAUCUCGUAUUCGAUCUGUAUGUCAUGGCCCAUCACCCCGGAUUAACCCCGUGCCCCACCGGCGCUAGUAGGCUAUCUGAGGUCAAGUCUGGUUAGACCUACGACUGUAGUUCGUACCGUACGUACUUUCGUCGUUGCUGUAGCAUGAUCUAGACACUAGCAUAGUCGCAUGU